AUCAGUCGCGGUGUCAAGCCGAAUUCUCGCGAUAGUUGCGGCAGCUGAAAAUCCUAGGAGCAGAGCAGGCAACUUGACAUGUCAACAAAACAGAUAAAUUAUCGCAACACAGGCAUGUAAGGGUGUGCUGGUGGGAAAUAGCCCGACAGGUAAUCUCACCUAGGACCUAGACCUCCUCCACCAGCAUCUUUACUUGCUGUCUCCAUGACAACCCCUCCGCUGGUGUCGCCUUUUGGCGGGCAGCCUCCUCCCCCGCAGCAGCAGCAGCCGCAGCAGCAACAACAGCAGCAGCAGCAGCAGGCCCAGGCAGCACGGGAUGUCAACACAGCCUCACUCUGUCGCAUCGGCCAGGAAACGGUCCAAGACAUUGUCUUCAGGACCAUGGAGAUCUUUCAGCUCCUUAGGAACAUGCAGCUGCCUAAUGGAGUCACUUACCACCCCAACACCCACCAGGACAGGCUGGGAAAACUCCAGGAGCACCUAAGAAUGCUUUCUGUGCUGUUCCGCAAGCUGCGCCUCGUCUAUGACAAAUGCAAUGAAAACUGCGCCGGGAUGGACCUCAUACCUCCAGAGCAACUGAUACCCUUUGUGGAGGAUGACAGCUCUAAACACGAAGAUCGCUCAGCUGGCCAGAGCCGCCCUGCCACCGAGGAGAGGAGAGAAAUUCUGGAGGUCAACAAGAAGCUAAAGCAGAAGAACCAGCAGCUGAAGCAGAUCAUGGACCAACUCCGCAACCUCAUUUGGGAGAUCAACUCCAUGCUUGCUGUCAGGAGCUAAAACAAACACACAUUUAUACACAACGCACGCAGACACACACACACACACACAAAAAUACCACAAAAUGGGAUUAUUUGGUCGUGAACUGGACGUGCGACAGGGUACCACAGGCUGGCUGAGGCUGCACUUUACAGAAGAAGCAGGGACUUUGGCAAUAUAACCCUGUUUCCUGAAGAAGAAGUAAAACAAUAGAAGGAAAACCGAGAGGAGACACAUGAAGACAAAAUGGCGCUUGACACCACAGAGACAUGAAGAGAGGCCCAAUAAAACACCGGGAGGGAGGGAGGGGGGCAGGUGACAUCUGAGUGGACGAUGGCAGAAGAAAUUCUGUUUACCUCGAUAUUCUGCAUUUCAAUCCACAUAAUAACUUAUAAUAAUGAAUUAAUAGUUAAAAUAUUAACUUUUAUGUAUUUGUAGGCACUAGCUCAAGAAAGGGGGGGCAUUUCCUGUAUCGACACGUUGGAAUAUUCUAUUUAAUCCAUCAUGUAUUUAAACCAAGUGAAGCCCUACAUUUAAAAAGCUUUUAUAUGAUCCAUAAAAAUGUUAGGAAGGACAAACACUGUGGCCAAAUUAUGAGUCUUAUUCUUACUAUAUUGACCUGCUUUUUUAUUUGAUGCAAUAUGUAAACUCAUCUAUGCUCUGCUCUGAUUGGACUUGACAUGUCAAUACAAUACUCUGUUAAGGAUUCUGCUGAACUGUAAAUCUUGCUGUGAUUUAAAAAAAAAAGAGUCAA